UGAAAACUAAAAACUCUCAACGACACAUCAGUGUCCGAGUGUAGUAGAUAAACCUCCUCACCGGAGGGAAGCGUAAGUCUUGCCGGAGAGACGAGUAAGCCGAUUGAUUUGUUCUCACUAUUUUCCUUCCGUAGUUUCAGCAGAGAGAACUCUUUAACCCCCAAAUGUGUCUGGUUUUGUUCUUUUCAACUUGAAAUUUCUUCCAUGGAGAUUGCAAUUCCGUAUAAGCCGAAUCCGCUUAUCUCUUCACCGACGAAAUUUUUUAAAAGACCUAAAAGUUCUGGUCUUGUUCGCUUUCCCGCCAAGUAUGGACUGCGAGUUACCCGGAGAAAUCCGAUUUUUCGUGUCUACGCGUCUGAAAGUAGUAAUGGGUCCUCAUCUAAUAACGACGGAGGCUUUUCAUGGUUGAGAUUGGCGCGGUCUCUUCGUAUUGGUGUGGAGCGGAUUGGGGAAAAGAUCGGAGAGUCUGUGAAGAAGGAAAUUGGGUUUGACUCGGAAGAAGCAGGUGCGAGAGUGGAUGAGUAUGUGGGUCGAGUUAAGAAUAGCGUGCAGAAGGGCCAGCACCAGUUAGAUCGCUUGAAAAAUGAGACAGUGCCUUCGUUUAUCGAUUGGAACAAGUGGGAGCACUGGAAGGACAUUAGGAAUUGGGACGGUACACGAGUUGCUGCAUUGGUCAUAUAUGCUUUUGCGCUGUUAUUUUCUUGUCAAAGAGUUUAUGUUGCCGUUCAAGCUCCCCGGAUAGAACGAGAAAGAAGAGAGUUGACAGAGUCUUUUAUGGAGGCUUUGAUCCCCGAGCCAUCUCCUGGCAAUAUAGAUAAGUUUAAGAGAAAUAUCUGGAGGAAGACAACACCCAAAGGCUUGAAACUGAAAAGGUUCAUUGAAGGGCCUGAUGGAACACUUGUCCACGAUACUUCUUAUGUUGGCGAAAAUGCAUGGGAUGAGGAUCUGGAGACAACAGAGGGAUCUCUCAAACAAAUCAUUGAUAGAAAUGUUAGGAUCCAGACAGAGGCAAAGAAGAAACUAAGCCAAGAUCUGGGUGUCUCUGGUGAAAUUGGAGACAGUGUAGGUACCUGGCGGGAAAGGCUUGCAACCUGGAAGGAAAUGUUGGAAAGAGAAAAAUUAUCAGAGCAGUUAAACUCCUCAAGGGCUAAGUAUGUUGUUGAAUUUGAUAUGAAAGAGGUAGAGAAAAGUCUUCGCAAAGAUGUUAUUGAAAGGACAUCUGAAACUGAGGGAACUAGAGCUCUCUGGAUAUCAAAGAGAUGGUGGCGAUAUCGCCCUAAGCUUCCUUAUACAUACUUUCUUCAGAAGCUUGAUUCUUCGGAGGUUGCAGCUGUUGUCUUCACGGAAGACCUAAAGAAAUUGUAUGUGACGAUGAAAGAAGGUUUCCCUCUAGAAUAUAUUGUUGACAUUCCAUUAGAUCCAUACUUGUUUGAGAUUAUAUCCAGCUCGGGAGUUGAGGUGGAUCUCCUUCAGAAAAGGCAGAUCCACUACUUCAUGAAAGUGUUCAUCGCACUUCUGCCUGGGAUACUUAUUCUAUGGUUUAUAAGAGAAUCUGCCAUGCUUCUCCUCAUCACAUCAAAGCGGUUUCUCUACAAGAAGUAUAAUCAGCUGUUUGAUAUGGCUUAUGCGGAAAAUUUUAUAUUGCCGGUUGGAGAUGUCAGUGAGACAAAAUCAAUGUAUAAGGAAGUGGUACUAGGCGGUGAUGUUUGGGAUCUUCUUGAUGAGCUAAUGAUCUACAUGGGAAACCCAAUGCAAUACUAUGAGAGAAAUGUGGCGUUUGUCAGGGGUGUGCUUCUUUCUGGACCUCCUGGGACUGGGAAAACACUUUUUGCGCGAACACUUGCAAAGGAAAGUGGGCUACCAUUUGUGUUUGCAUCUGGUGCAGAGUUCACUGACAGUGAAAAAAGUGGUGCUGCAAAGAUCAAUGAGAUGUUUUCAGUCGCGAGACGAAAUGCACCUGCUUUUGUGUUUGUGGAUGAAAUAGAUGCUAUUGCUGGUAGACAUGCUAGGAAAGAUCCACGAAGAAGAGCAACUUUUGAAGCUUUAAUUGCACAGCUUGAUGGGGAGAAGGAAAAGACAGGUAUCGAUAGGUUUUCUCUGAGACAAGCUGUGAUAUUUAUCUGUGCUACCAAUAGACCUGAUGAACUCGACCUGGAGUUUGUCCGUUCUGGACGCAUUGACCGUCGACUCUAUAUUGGUUUGCCUGAUGCAAAGCAAAGAGUGCAAAUAUUUGGAGUUCACAGCGCCGGGAAGAACCUUGCUGAAGAUAUAGAUUUUGGGAAGCUUGUUUUUCGGACAGUUGGCUUUUCUGGAGCAGAUAUCCGGAAUCUUGUUAAUGAAGCAGCUAUAAUGUCGGUUAGGAGGGGACGGUCGUAUAUAUACCAGCAAGAUAUUGUUGAUGUGUUAGAUAAACAAUUGCUUGAGGGUAUGGGUGUGCUCCUUACAGAGGAGGAACAACAGAAAUGUGAACAAAGUGUAUCUUACGAAAAGAAGAGACUUCUGGCUGUUCAUGAGGCGGGUCAUAUAGUGUUGGCUCAUUUGUUUCCGCGAUUUGACUGGCAUGCGUUUUCUCAGCUCCUUCCUGGUGGCAAGGAAACUGCUGUAUCGGUAUUCUAUCCACGUGAAGACAUGGUGGACCAAGGUUACACAACAUUUGGUUAUAUGAAGAUGCAAAUUGCAAGAGAAAUGGUCAUUAGUCCCCAAAAUGCGAGACUAGGUCUCACUCAACUGGUAAAAAAGAUUGGAAUGGUGGAUUUACCGGAUAACCCAGACGGCGAGCUGAUAAAAUACCGGUGGGACCAUCCUCAUGUAAUGCCAGCAGAUAUGUCUGUUGAAGUAUCUGAGCUAUUCACCCGCGAGUUAACAAGGUAUAUUGAGGAGACUGAAGAGCUUGCGAUGAAUGCUCUGAGAGCAAACAGGCACAUUCUGGACUUAAUCACUAGAGAGUUACUCGAACGGUCAAGGAUUACUGGAUUGGAAGUUGAAGGCAAAAUGAAGGAUCUUUCUCCUUUGAUGUUUGAGGAUUUUGUGAAGCCGUUCCAGAUAGACGCAGAUGAGGAGGAACCUUUGCCUCACAAGGACCGAGUGAGCUACCAACCAAUUGAUUUACGUCCUGCACCACUGCACAGAAGCUAGAAGCCUUUACUCCUCUCCUGUCACCAAAAAGAUAGUCCUUAGAGGCAAAUUGUUCCCAAUAUCUUGGAGAGCGAAUGUUCGUCUUAAAUGAGCUUUAGAUUUUGCAUAUGAUAGUACUUGUUUCACCCAUCAUUGGUUUAGAAUGUUAUAUAUAUAGUAACGUGCAGAGUCAAAUUUUGUACUCUGUUUCUGUCUGUAUUUUGAUGAUAUUGUAACAUUAUUAUUAGUGUAAGUUCCCAUCAAGGAGUAUCUCGCAAGUUUCCAGCUUUGAAUUUGUA